AUGGCCACGGCCAUGACAGCCCCAGCGGCGGGAGCAAUGGUGGAGGGGAGAAGCAGCAGCAGCAGAGACGAUGCCGCGGCCCGUCUCCAUAAAGACAACGCAAUCGAACACUGGGCCAAAAUCAAGUCGCUGAUGGACAAGAAGCAGGUGGUGCUGUUCUUGGACUACGACGGGACUCUGUCCCCCAUCGUGGACCAGCCGGACAAGGCGUUCAUGAAAGAGGGGAUGCGGCCCGUUCUCGCUCAGGCGGCCUCGGUGUUCACGACGGCGAUCGUGACCGGGCGCAGCAAGGACAAGGUCUACAACUUCGUGGGGCUGGACGACGUGUUUUACGCGGGCAGCCACGGGCUCGAGAUCCAAGGCCCGCUGGACAGGCCGGUCAAGUGCCAGAUGGCGGAGGACAUGAGGCCAAUGCUCGAGGCCACCACCGACACCCUUCACUCUUUACUCGGCCACAUCCAGGGGUACGAGAUAGAGGACAACAAGUUUUCCCUGAGCGUCCACUACCGCCAGGUGCCGUCCCCGCCGCACGUGGAAGAGCUCCACAACAUAGUCCACGAGUACGUCGCCACCGCCCCGGAGAUCGUGGUGAAGGCGGGCAAGAAGGUGUUGGAACUCCGCCCGAAGGUGGACUGGCAUAAGGGCAGCGCCGUGAACUGGAUCUUGGACGCGUUGGACUUGGGUAACCGGUCAGACGUGUUCCCCAUCUACCUCGGCGAUGACAUCACGGACGAGGACGCCUUCGUGGCCAUGGAGACCCGGGCUUGCGGAGGCAUGGGCAUCCUGGUGAAGGAGAAAUUCGACCCCGAGCGCCCCCCAGAGACGAACGCCUCCUUCUCCCUUAGAAACCCCGACGAGGUCCAGACGUUCUUGGCCACGCUCGUGUCGCACGCCGGCACCGUGACGUCAGCCAAAGCUCCUCCCGCCACCGCCGCCGGCGACACGUCAUGACAGUAGGCCGGCCGGUACUGCUGCUGCUGCUGCUUUUUUGCGUGUGGGUCGUUGCCAGUGAGGGGAUGCCUUUCGGUUGGACGCCCUUGGCCGCGCGAUCCAAUCCACUGGUUUGUGGCGAUGAUGGCAAUGAUAAGGAUCAAGUCAGUCAUUUGAGAAAAAAAGGGGGUUUUGAUAUAUAGGCGAGGAGAGGCGGGAAGAGGGAGAGGGGAAGGACACCGGUGUGGCAAGUACCAUCGGCACAUCGGCGAGGGUUUUUUUAGCCCUCGCCACCGUUGGUAGAGGGGGGUGAGGUUUUGCGGCCGCUUGCGAGUGGGAGGUGAGAAGGCGCGCGAGUGGGUACAUGGGGGUUAGUUCGAGAGCAUGGUGAGGAUAUGAGAUAGGUGGGCUUGGUGUGGAGCUUUAUUUCGUCAGGGAUUGGUGCGGGCACGGUGCGCGCGUCGCUUUUUCUUGUUGGUGUUGAGGCUGUUUCGUGUGCGCUCGUUGAUGCUUCUCCGUUUGUUCCCUGUGACUUGCCGCGAUCUUCUGCUGCAGUCCCAUUUUCAAGCGAAGGUAAUGGUGACGUCAGCAUCCUUGAGGUUUCCUUCGGUCGCAGCUUUUUUGACAGACAAAAUUGCAUUUUUUAUGUUAUUUUGUGUUUCGUCGUAUUUUUUGCCGUGCCGUAAGAGUUUGGCCUGCUGCCCGAACGUAUCUUUUUAACAGUACCUGGUUAUGUGUUUUAUCGUCUCUUGGCGCGCGGAGGUCUCGAAUAUAUCAAGCGGGCGUGUUGCCCCUGCGCCUCUUGAUCCCUCCCGCGUUCACAACCCGUACACGAUUUUCGUGUUUUUUUAUCUUGUUCGUGUCUUUGCCCGACUACUACUACUGGUGUUUCGGCGCUCCCUAGGGAAUGUGUGGUUAAUGACGUUGUUCUUUAGCGGUUUUCGGGAACAACGCCCAACGCUGAUAGGUCCAAAGAAGAAAAAAAUCCACGGUGCCCCUCCGUCUCUCGGUGGUGGCCACGAGUGGUUGGGGCCUAGAGCAACGGGGUGCUUGUGCUCGUUUGGCGUGGUCAUGGACGUUGCGUGGAUCAAAU